CUGCUCAGUUGUUUAGCUCAGAGAGGCAUUUCCUUUUCUAGGACCGAAGUGGCAUUCACUAAAAGUUUGCUUGAAUUUUCAGAACUAGAAAAUUCACGAUGGAUAGUGCCAGCUAAGUCGACGUACGGUCUCGAUUUAUAUAUUCACAGAGGUUUGGAAUAUACUCCAACAAAAGCAUUUACCGAUAUAUUUUUGUUGUUGAAUUUAACAGACGAAGAUACGUAUGAUAUUUAUAAGGGUGACAACUGUAGCGUCGUUGAAGAGGCUUUUCAUCAAGAUAAUCGCAUGUUUGGAUUACUCAAAGGUGUAAACCCCUGGAAAAGUCAUCAGCUUAACGUUUUCAAUGUUACUGUGGUCGGGAUCUCGACUCGCUUGCCAUAUAGUGUACAGGCCAAAGUUAUGAAAAUAAAUUACAUUCGUCUGGGCAGCUUCUUAGCCGGUGUUCUCCUUUUUCUGUUUGCAAAUCAUCUAGUACGAAACGCGGUGUUUUAUUACGGAACUGGUUGCUCAUUUGGUUUACUAGCUUCUUUACUUGUUAUUGUUUUCAUAUUCUACAGAAUGGCCCCGAAAGUGAGUUUUUAA